UAUUCCAACUUGAUCGCCACAACAUUACUAAAAACAUGGCUGAACAACCUCUCAACGGCGCCUUCUACGGUCCAUCUAUCCCACCACCGGCUCCCAAAGGCUACUACCGACGUGGGCACGGUCGAGGCUGUGGCUGCUGCCUCCUAAGCUUCUUUGUCAAAGUCAUCAUAUCCCUUGUUGUCAUCCUCGGCAUAGCCGCUCUAGUCUUCUGGCUCAUCGUCCGUCCCCGUGCCAUCAAGUUCCACGUUACCGAUGCGUCCCUUACCCGCUUUGAACACACUUCCACGGACAACAUUUUAAGGUAUAACCUAGCCCUCACUGUCCCUGUCCGUAACCCUAACAAGAGGAUCGGAGUCUACUACGACAGGAUCGAAGCUCAUGCCUACUACGAGGGAAAGCGGUUUAGUUCCACCACGUUAACUCCUUUCUAUCAAGGACACAAAAACACAACCGUUCUCACACCAACGUUCCAAGGCCAAAACCUUGUUAUCUUUAACGCCAAACAGUCUCGGACUUUGAACGUGGAAAAGAUCUCCGGUGUUUACAAUAUAGAGAUCAAGUUCAGGCUUAGGGUUAGGUUUAAGCUUGGGGACUUGAAGUUUCGGAGGAUUAAGCCUAAGGUUAAUUGCGACGAUCUAAUGCUUCCUUUAAGUACCUCCAACGGAACUACAACUUCUUCCAGCGUUUUCCCAAUUAAGUGCGACUUCGAUUUUUGAGUCUUGAGUUCUGUUCCAGUCCAUCACAUACAUUGGUUCUUUUAUUUUUAUUUUCUCAGCACCAUUCUCACUUAUCUUCUAUAGAGCCUAUUGUAUACAUUUGUUCAUCUUCCCUUGUUAUAUAUAAAUAAAACAUUAUUUUACGUAA